CGAUAUUAAGCUAAAUCACUAACAAGAUAUAAUUUUUCUUCCGAUUACAAUCCCGGGCAACGCCAAUCUACGCCUAAACCUUUAAAGCUUACAAACGUUUAACUGAAUAUUUAAAUGUUACCAAUGGAUCGAGGCGAGGCUAAUCAUAACGUUUAAAAUUAAAAGUAAAUAAAAAUUCAAAGCUUUUACUUUACUUUUAUUAAAAUUAAAUGUUAGGGUCGGAGCUAUGGCUAAUUAUAUAUAUCAUAUAUUAUAUUAUAAUUAUAACGCUUUAAAGUCAGUCAUUUACUAAAUAUAUUUAAAUGUUACUAUUGGGUUGGUGAUUUAGGCUAGAUAAAUAUUGGCCUACGCAUUACGCGUUAAAAAACAACAACAAAAAAAACAACCAAACAAUGUAACAACCACUUCAUUUUUUAUGUGACGUCAUUCUUGGUGCGGUUCUGUUUUAAUAAUGGCUGCCACCAUGAAACUCACUUUCCGUUUUAACGUGUUUACAUUUUCUAUUUAUUUUGUUAAUCUCAUUUUUUGCUGUACAUGCGCUACACCAUAUAAAUAUUUCUCUACAAAAACUCCAUACGAGUGGGUACAUUCCUCCCAUAUCAAAGACACAAAUACAGAUGCAUUAUUUUAUAUGAACGAAUUGAAAGGGAUGUCGUGUAGUGCUCUUCACACAAGCGCUGUCAUUCGCCAUGGUGCUCGAUUCCCAGGGCUGGAAGAUGUACAUGAAAUAUCGAACAUUCAUGCUAAACUUAUUAGUGCAAUUGAACCAGACGUACACCCGGACCUAUACAAUUGGGUCAAUAAAUUUCCAUCCAACAAUAAUAAAGCACUUUCACAACUAGGGGAGGAAGAGCAAGAAAAUUUAGGCAAAAGAAUUGCCCAAAAGUUAUCCACCUUAUUUAGUGAUGAAGACUUCAAUAACUUUAGGUUUAUUGUAUCAAGUCAAGAAAGAACCAAACAAAGUGCUUCAGCGUUUUAUGAAGGAUUUACUAGUGUUUUGCAAAGAGAGGAUGAUAUUGAAGAUGAAUUUGACACUGAAGUAAAUGAUGAGCUAAUGAGGUUUUUUAAUUUGUGUGCAAAAUAUGUUUAUACUGUUGAAAGAAAUAAAACUGCACACAAUGAAUACUAUGCAUUUAUGGGAAGUGAAGUAGUGAAUAAAAUAAAUAAUAAAAUUCAUGAAAAAUUAGGCCUCAAGGAAAAUAUACUCACAACUGGUAGGUAAUUAAUAUUAAUUUAAUAUUUUAGUUGUCAACUUGAGUAGGACUAGUUUAUAAGUUUAAUUAAUUAAUUUAUUUUAUACAUUCCUGCACAAUUCAGGCUAUUUGCUAUCAGCAAGGGAGGGGAAACCAAAAUUUGAUCCCAGAGCAAAUAUGUAAUUUAUAUAGAAUUAUAUAAAAUAAUGUUUACGACAGAAAUAUUUGUUCUGGCUCGGGAACUCUGCAUCUAAAAAGUGAAAGAGAGAAUCGCAACUAUCAUUACAACACAUCUUUUCUUAUUAACAUCAUUUUCCUCUAGUCGCCUUUUGUUUUAUCUUGUAGUCAGAAAUGUCAAAAGCUGCAAAGGCAAAAGGAUUUCAAAAUUGCACAUUUCAGGGCAGGAAAAAAAAUUGGUGCCUUUUCAAAACUACCUUUGCCAACUAGCCAUAACUAGGCUUUUCUACUCUUUUGAAAAUGUGUCUUUAAUAGUACAUCAAUAGGAUAAAUCAAAAGCGAUUUCAAUCGAUACUGAAUAUAAUGGGUUUUUCAAGCAGAUAGCCAGAAAAAAUAGAGCCCUUAUGUUAGUUUACAAGACUUAGGGUCUAUCUCUUAUGUUAGUAUACAAUACUUGAGGGUCUAUCUCUUAUGUUAGUAUUAAAUAGUAUACAAUACUUGAGGUCUACCUCUUAUGUUAGUUUACAAGACUCGAGGUCUAUCUCUAAUGCUAGUAUACAAACUUGGGGUUUAUCUCUUAUAUUAGUACCGGUAUACAAGUCUUGAGGUCUAUUUCUUAUAUUAAUCUUUCCAUCAAGGCGAGGACUGAAAGAUAUAAAAAUUCCUUUGUUCCCCAAUCUGUACGAAUUUAUCGCCGUGCUCCCUCUGAGAACUAAAAGUCCCCGAUUUGGCUAAGAGAACUCACUGAAUGGCCGUUUGAGAUAAUUUAUUAUAAAUGUCUUGUCUUCAAAUUGUUUUAUUUAUGUGCUGAAGAUGUGAUCAAAAAACAUUUCCAUUUAUUUGGAUCAAUAAAAGAAUCUUAUCUUAUCUUAAUUUAACAGUGGCCUUGUUUUAGUUUUGUGUCUGAAAAAGAUUGGUAAACGCAUGGAAAUACCCCAGGGAGUCAUAGUUGUUUCAUGGCAUUUAUUUUAUAAUUUUUAUAUUUAUAAUUCUAUUAUCCAUGUAAAUAAAUGGAUUCAAUAAAGCAAUUUGAAUUUAAAUACUAUAUAUCCAGGGGAGAAUGUCAUUGUAAAUGUGAAUUUUGGGGCAAUAGCUAAAAAAUUCUCUAACUCCUGCGGUAGAGUAUCGAUUAUCCAAACUUGAUGGGACCUGGGGGGUAUUUUGGAUGACCUAUUUUUCAGAUAAUCAAACACUCCCGAGUUGUGUUAAAGAAGUUAUUGCAUAGAACACAGUAUAUUCUUACCCAAUACACGGAAGGUAUCUUACUAUGUACAGUAUUCAUCAAUGGUAUAUGGCAUCAGUAAUUUAUUGAAGCUCUGAUAAUUAAGAGGCCCAAAGUUGUGAUGUUGAAAAUUGUUUAAUUGAAAUUAUUUUAAAUUGCAUUGAAGCGGCAAGAAGCAUCCCUAAAGUCAUAGAUUGUGGCACAAGGGUCAGAAUUGUUUUCUCGUGUUAUACUCCAUUUCUCCAUGCCAUAGUUAUAUUCUGUCUUACAACAUAUCUUAAGACCUCUUAUUAUUAUUAUUAUUAUUAUUAUAUCUCUCGAUAAUCAUAUCUCUCACAUUUGUCACUCUGCAUACACCGCUAUUCCUCAGAUCAGCUCCAUCCACCACUACCUCACAAUUAGCGCAACAGAAGCUCUAGUUCUCUCUUGUCUUGACUAUUGUAACUCUUUUCUAUCAGGUUCAUCAAAACACUUCUUAAAAAAAUUACGAAAGUUUCACAACUCAGCUGAUUCUAAAGGCAAAAAAAUGUGAUUACGUCACACCACUACUUCAUUCACUUCAUUGGCUUCCUGUACAAGCACAGAUUGACUAAAAACUCUGUUCUAUGCCACAACUUUUUCUCGAAUUCCUCCCCUUCCUAUCUAAGUGAACUUCUCUCUGUCUAUUCACCACUCCGACAGCUUUGCUCCUCUGCAGACGCAUAUUCUUUCUGUCCCCAAGACUCGCACAAAAACAAAUGGUGAACGAUCAUUCUCUUUCUGUGCCCCAUACAAUGUAAUUCUCUUCUACUACUCAUUUGCAAUAUACCGACCAUCACAGCCUUCAAAACUGCACUCAAAACACAUCUCUUUAAACUUUACUAUCCUGACUGAUUCUCCCCCCCCCCUGAUAAAUGAUGCUGACGGGUAGCCGUCCACGGCUUGACAUGUUCUUGAAUGUGUGGAAUAUAUUUGUUUUAUUUAAUUAAUGUAUGUUAAUUUUGAUUAUGUUUGUUAAAUUGUAUGUACAGCAUGGUGAGUCCAGCCCUAGCCUGGGGUACUGCGCAAUAUAAAACCACCACUAAUGAUAAUAAUAAUAAUAAUAGGCAGUUCAAAUGAUAAUGAUUUUUAAGAAGGCGAGGACAGUUCAGUUAACCUAUGUUUUGGAAAUCAGUGUUUGCUGUCUCAAUAAACUUAUUUUGCAUGAAAAAUGGUGAUUUUGUAAGCCUCUACAUUGUAAGAUAAAGUCUCUUUGUCAUUAUUUUUGUAGGGAGGUGUUGCUACAGGGUGUUUUUUAAGGUGUUUGAACUAUCAAAUCAUUCAUUAUAUCCAUAGCAUAACAAGUCAAGUUAUCAUACCUGACUACCCCGUUUGCACCCAUAGCAUAACAAGUCAAGUUAUCAUACCUGACUACCCCGUUUGCACCCAUACAUUCUUGGAACCCCCUUUCAUGCUUAUAUACAUUAUAUUUAUGACGGAAAAGAUAAUUAAACAAAGUAAUUGUAUACCACCCUUUAAAAAUACAUAGAAAUCAUGGAUUUCACAAUUUUGUAGGUGACAGUUGCCUACAUUAGAGCAAUUUGUAGGCUAUUUAUGGUCUGUCUUAAUAUCAGGAUAGUUAGUGCAGAUUUUUUGCAUAAAUUUAUAGAGAAAUUCUGCUGAGACCUCUUCCCCAUCCAUACACACAUAAUUUUAUAGACAUUCUCCUGAGAUCUCUUCCCCAUCCAUACACACAUGAUUUAUAUAGACAUGCUGAGACCUCUUCCCUAUCCGUACACACAUGAUUUAUAUAGACAUUAUGCUGAAAACUCUUCCCCAUCCAUACACACAUGAUUUAUAUAGACAUUCUGCUGAGACCUCUUCCCCAUCCAUACACACAUGAUUUAUAUAGACAUUCUGCUGAGACUCCUUCCCCAUCCAUACACACAUGAUUUAUAUAGACAUUCUGCUGAGACUCCUUCCCCAUCCAUACACACAUGAUUUAUAUAGACAUUCUGCUGAGACCUCUUCCCCAGCGAUACACACAUGAUUUAUAUAGACAUUCUGCUGAGACCUCUUCCCCAGCGAUACACACAUGAUUUAUAUAGACAUUCUGUUGAGACCUCUUCCCCAGCGAUACACACAUGUACUUAAACAACUACUAAAUGAAAAAAUCACAUGUAGUUUUUAACAAAUGUUUGUGACAGUUUGUUGUAGAACUUUCAUGUGUUAUGCUUUGUUUUUAGCUAACGUUCGGCUAAUCUAUCUGGUGUGUGGUUAUGAAACUGCAGUGUACAAACACUCGCCCUGGUGUUCACUGCUGGAUGAGAAGGACAUGGAGGUACUGGAGUACUUGGGUGAUCUAAAGGUAACAUGAUUUCAAAGAUUGAAAGUACAUGUUAUAAUUAAAUUAUAUUUGAUCUAUACUGUAUAAAUCAUUGAUCAGUGUAAUCAUGAUUAUUUCAGUGUCAGAUUGAACGGAAACAUCUUUUUUCAGUUGUUAUUUUAUUAACGUAAAACUUGUUGUUUUCUCCAUCUGAUUCCUAAGAAAUCUCAUUAUUGGACUGUCUUCAACUUAACAGCAUUAUUUUUGGCCAAUGCCCAAUCGAUAAGUGGUCACAGCCCAGAAAAAGUUCAACUUUUAAAAAUAUUGUAAUUUUAAUAUUAAAUCGGUUCUUUAAUAAAUCAAUCUGAUGAGUGGCAUUUAAAUUGUUGGUCUUUAUUACUUUAUGUUACAUGUAUUUGGCUAAUCGUUGACUUUUCUCUGUUUUAGCACUAUUAUAAGAAUAGUUACGGCUACAACAUUACUUGUGAUCAAAGCUGCCCUUUGAUAGCUGAGAUUUUUCUGACCAUGGAUGAAGUUAUAACUGAAAUUGAGAAUGGAGACAGUGAAGAUGAAACAAAUGGGUAAAUGAAGAUAUGGCUUUUUCCCCAUUUGUCAUUGUUCUAAAUGUCUUAUAGUAUUAAAGUGAAAGUUUCAAGGCAAAAUAAUCCAAAUAAACUUUAAACUAAUUUCAUUUUAAAGACAGACACAUCAGUAUAGACUAACAUUUCUUUUGACAAGAAACAGUUGGAAGUGGAAGUGUAAGAGAUGGUAAUUAUCUUCUAAUCUCUGGCUUGUUCAGCAUGAAUGUUGGAAGUGUAAGUGUAAAAUCUCUGGAUUGUUUAGGAAUUAUACUUGUGAAAAUGUCCUGUUUAUUAUUUUGAAAAGUGAAAAAUAAAUUGAUCAAUUCAGUAAAUAUGUAUUCUACAACAAUUAUUUGUCUGAAUUCUUUCAGAUAUAUUGUCGGCCAAUUUGCCUUUGGUCAUGCUGAGACUUUAGGUCCGCUCUACUGUGGCCUUGAUUUGUUUAAGGAUCCAACACCAUUAACGGCUGAAAAUCAUAAUACGCAAAAAGAUUAUAAGUUUCGUACCAGUGAGAUUUUACCAUUUUCUGCCAAUCUCAUGUUCAUACUGUAUGAGUGUGUGCCGGAGGAGCUUGGAGAGGAUGAGGAAAUAGAAGAAGCCGAUUACUACCUCAAGCUGUUCGUCAAUGAAAAACCUCUUCAGAUUCCGGGUUGUGAGGCUUUGCACUGUCCUUACAAAGUGGUCAGAGAACGCUUCCAUCAGCAGAUAGAUCAUUGUGACUUUAAACACAUCUGUCAGAAACCGGCUUUAAAACUAGCCAAGGAAGAAUUAUAAAUGAAAAUAACUCUCGAUGUAUUUCUAUCAUAGCAUGCAUUUCAGAAAACGAAUCCUUCACUGAAGAAUUGUCAACCAAUCGUAGAUGGAGAUCAUUUUUGUUGUUGAGGCCAAAGCCACCUUAGAUAUAGAAUGGCCAUCCCACCACAUUUUUGUUUCUUUUACCUGAGUGACAAAACUACAUCUUUAAGUUGCCCGGAAAUCUUGAUAUUCGAGUACGGUAAUUAAUAUGUAACAUUUGAUGACCUUUCUAUCCUGCAAAUGUUUAUUCAUCAUCUCAUUUUUGUGCAAAAACUACCGGUACCUUUGGAUGAUUAAUAUGCAAGCAUUUCUUUGUAUGAAAUUUGUUGUGACAUUAGAACAACUGCAUAUUUCUUAUCUCAGUCAUUGUCUAAAAUUUGUUGAGACAUUAGAACAACUGCAUAUCUUUUCUCUCAGGCAUUGCCUAGAAUGGCCUCCUUGGAUGGUCCGCGGGUCUAAGGAGGUAAUAUUGCCUAGAAUGGCCUCCUUGGAUGGUCCGCGGGUCUAAGGAGGUAAUAGUGCCUAGAAUGGCCUCCUUGGAUGGUCCGCGGGUCUAAGGAGGUAAUAUUUUCCGUGGGUCUAAGGAGGUAAUAUUGCCCGCGGGUCUAAGGAGGUAAUAUUUCCCGCGGGUCUAAGGAGGUAAUAUUGCCCAGUUUGGGAAUGAUUUUUUGUUGACCCUUACAAUCCAUUAUGUCCUUAUGUUGAUGAGCUAUAGGUACCGGUGCACAAAAUGGGAGGUAACAUGCUGUGCAACUAUUUUAAAUGUGUAUUUAAUGUCAUAUUAAUAUUACCCACAAUCCAUCUUAGGCCAUAUUAACAUUACCUACAAUCCUUCUGUUAUUGACAGUAAAACUGAUACAUUUUUUUGACCUCUUCAUUUUUGGUGGUUUUCAAACCAAUUUUUCCAUUAUGUUGCCAGUUUGAGUAAUCCUGACUAGAGAGAUGAUCUUACCAGUUACCAUGACAACAUACAAACUGUUUUUGUGAUCAAUUUUAUCAUUGGUGACCCCCCCUGAACUGCUGGAUCUGCUUUACUGUUGACAUUAGUUGUUGAAUUAACUGGAGACUAUCAAAGGACAUCAAUGCAGACUAUCAAAGGACAUCACUGCAGACUAUCAAAAGACAUCACUGCAGACUAUCAAAUGACAUCGCUGCAGACUAUCAAUAGAAAUCAGAAUAUCUGUAUUUCUUAAAUAAUUGAGUGUAGCGGUAGGAUUUUAAUAUUGAAUAAUAGACAUGAAAGUAAAAAUAUAUAUUGAAUAACAUAAAAUAGAUAUUUAAAGAUUUAAAUGUUCAUCGGAUAUUUAGUAAUAUUAAAUUGAACAAAACCGUUUCACAUUGUAUCUUACAUUGGGCAGUAUGUGAGAAAAAUUUUGAAAAUAAUUACCAUAAAUUAUGCUCAUAAAAUUCUUGAUGCCUGUAUUAAUUGUAUUUUUCCUAAAUGAAGACAGGAUGAUGAGAGAAUUUAAUUUCUAUCUGAAUGAAAUGUACAGUACAAGUACAAGUGUUACGUUUGACCCCAAUGCCACGUAGUACGGUUUUGUUAAUUGAUAAAUAAUUUUGUUCACGAUCAUUGAGUUUUCUUUGAGUACUUUUAAUUGCCGAAUGUUUCUAGCUUAUAGGAGAGGUUGGCGUUAGUUCUGCAUUCUGUAUUUUAACAAAUAUAUUUUUGAUGUUGCCAAAUCAUUUGAGUUGAAAUAAAGUACUUACGAUUUACCA